GCGAAAAUUUUCAUUUGCCUAUUUUGGAAACUAGGAUGCUGGAUUUAAAGCAAUUGUAUCCUUUAAUUAUUCUUUUAAAGGAAAGAGAAUUAACAGGAGAAGAAGAGGCUUUUAUUUUAAAAAAACUAAUUAUUUAUUGUUUUAGAAGAAGAAGAGAAAGAGGAAUUCAAGCAGAGGUAAAUAGAAGUAAUAUUUUUUGGGAAGAAUUGGAAGAAAAAACAAACUUAAAAGAUG